CUUAAGCACUUGCACGUUAGCACUUUGCAUCCACUCUUCUCUUCUGAGCACACGAUCGCAACCCCUCCACAAUGAGGUGGUCGCUGUCGCAUACAACGUCGGAGGACGCGAGCCACAAGAGCUACAGGAACCACGAAAACCACAAGAAGAAGGGUGGCGUGGGCGUGUUAGUGACGACGAGCAGGACGAGCGGUGCACUUCUGCGGGCAGUCCUGUGCAUUUUGGGCUGUUGUUGUGCUGCUGCUGCAGCAGCGUUGCUCCCUGCAAGCACUCUAUCGUCGUUCUCCUUGCUGCCAGUUUGCCAGGGCGAGGUGGUGCUGGUGGAGGACCUCUUUGGUGGCUUCCACAUCAAUAACACCAACAGCGACAGCAGGGGCAGUGUCACGGCGCAGCCGGUGUUUGUUAACGGCCUGGACGUAUGCAGCACCAUCGCAGCGCAAGAAAGCAUGAUUGAGGACCUCAACACCCAAGUCCAUGAUCUACAGGCUGCCCUGAAUGACACCAUUGCCGCCGCAAACGCAGAGGAGCCACCUUGUCGGGGCACCACCACUGCCACGCUGGAUUGCGGCAGCCUCCUACUGCAGGAUCAGUUUGCAGCCGCCCGCCUUUGCGUCGCCGGCGCUGUCGUCAACUGCUGCUGCGACGAGUUUGGCGCAUUGCAGGAGAUCCUCGGCUCGGUCAGCGUUUUCAGUUCCCUGCAGGCACUUGCGUUUGGCUCCAUCACAGCCAUCGGUGGUGAUGUGCUGGCUGCAGAUGAUGCUCUCAACUCGCUGGACUUUGGCGCGCUGAAGACUGUCGGCGGAUCCGUCGACCUCAGUGGCAACAACAUCACAAGCGUGGACUUUGCAGGGCUCACGCGCGUGGAGGGCAACCUCAACCUCACAGGCAACCCCGUGCAAGCACUCUCGUUUGGGCAGCUAACACACGUUGGCGGGGUGCUGUCCAUCUUCUCCAGUGAUGACUUGAGCCUGAAGGAGGGCGUGCUGCAGGCGAGCGUCGACCUUGGAACCACUCAGGUCACGUCCAUUGACUUUGGCAGCUUGGCCAGACUCGGUGGUUCCUUGGACACCAGGCUCUCUGUUCUGCAAGCCAUCUCCUUCGGCGACGUCACCACGGUGGACGCCACAGUGCGCCUCCUCUCCGACACCAUCACCAGCAUCGACUUUGGCAAGCUGAUGCAUGUUGGGGGAGACCUUAGAAUCGGCUCCAAUCAGCUCACGACCGUCACCGUGAACACAACCAGCAGCGCUCUGAUCGUGGGCGGCUAUCUGGAAGUUGCCGGCUCCGCCGCUCUCACAGCGGUCGACCUCAGCAGCGUCACUCAGGCCGGCAGUGUGGGCAUCUACGGCGACAGCAUCACCACCGUGAACCUUGGCAAUGUGGCGGCGGUUGAACAGAGCGUCGAGAUUGCCGGUAAACGCAUCACCAACAUCACCUUUGGGCCUCUGACCAGCAUUGGCGGUGGCUUGUUCCUCGAAGUGAAUGAAGCUGCCCACAUCGACCUCAACAACAUCACCACCCUCGCUGGCAGUGUUGCAAUUGACAGCGACCUUGCCAGCCUGGACUUUGGCAAAUUGACUCGCCUGGAUGACGCCAUUUACCACGAGAACAGCCCCUCCUUCACGUCCAUCGACUUUGGCGCCCUCACCUUCGUUGACGGCUACAUGUCCUUCUACAGCAACAGCCUCAAGCGCCUUGACUUCAAGAACCUCGGCAGCGUGGCGGGCGAUCUUGACUUUUCAGACAACGCCUUCACCGUCGCUGACACGGGCAGCCUAACCAGCGUUGGGGGCGACUUUUUCCUCUUCUCCAACCAGCUCACCAUCUUCAGCUUUGGCAACAUCACCAUGAUCACCGAUCAGGUGAAUUUGAGCGACAACCAACUGUCCAACAUUGACUUUGGCAAGUUGCGAUACGUUCAAGGCAACUUGGUUCUCCGAGACAACGAUCUCGUCACCCUCGACCUCUCCGGACUGUCUCUGCUCGGCGGCUUGGAUGUACGCAACAACCCUUCCUUGGUCAUGGUGACUUGCGACGAUCUCAGCUUUUGCAUCCAAGCUGACAAUGGUGUGACCUUCAACCAGUGUCAAAACACGUGCCCAUAGCAGUGAUGGUCGUGUUCGUGUGUGUGUGUGUGUGUGUGUGUGUG